CUACCGGACGAUACUCGUGCCGUGACGUCACCGACACCCUUUCCGAGGGUCGGAUUAAAGAUGGCGCCCUCUCAUGCGGUAAGAUGCUGUCAACGGGGUUUAUCCUGGAUACCUGUGAUUUUUAUCAACCUGGUCGUGUGCUGGUCCUACUACGCUUACGUGGUGGAGCUCUGUAUAUACACAAUCGCUAACACAGAGGAGCAAGUUAUUUAUCUGAUAGUGUUUCACGUCUUUUUCUUCAUGUUCAUAUGGUCUUACUGGAAGACCAUCAUUUCCAAGCCUGCCAGCCCCUCAAAAGAGUUCUGUCUCCCUAAAGCAGAUAAAGAGCUAUAUGAGAAAGAGGAGUUUCCAGAGGCCCAGCAGGAAAUCCUGAAGAGAGUGGCCAGAAAUUUGCCCAUAUAUACACGCACAGGAUCUGGGGCUAUCCGGUACUGUGACCGCUGUCAGUUGAUCAAGCCGGACAGAUGUCAUCACUGCUCCACCUGCGACACAUGCGUCCUGAAAAUGGAUCACCACUGUCCAUGGGUUAAUAACUGUGUUGGAUUCUCCAACUAUAAGUUCUUUGUGCUGUUCCUGGCAUACUCUAUGCUGUACUGCGUCUACAUCGCCGCCACAGUUUUGCAGUACUUUAUCAAGUUCUGGACACUUUGCAGACGGAGGGCUAUAGAGCAUUGUCCGGAGAAUCACCUGCCAGACACUCAUGCAAAGUUCCACGUGUUGUUCCUGUUCUUUGUGGCGGCCAUGUUCUUCAUCAGUAUCCUGUCACUCUUCAGCUACCACCUGUGGCUCGUGGGAAAAAACAGAACCACUAUAGAGGCAUUCAGGGCACCGGUGUUCAGAAAUGGCCCAGAUAAAAAUGGCUUCACUCUGGGCUUCCGCAAGAAUGUCACACAGGUGUUCGGAGACCAAAAGAAGUGUUGGUGCUUGCCCCUUUACAGCAGUUUGGGUGACGGCUGCACAUUCCCUAUCCGCCUAGUCAACACUGACUCAGAGCAAGGCAAUGUGGAACACCAGGGCAUUAAAUGCACUGUUGAUGGACAGACAAACCCCAGACCUCUGAGUGAGUCACAGAAUCAUCUCCUAGGCAACAAUAUGCACUCUGAGGAGCAGAAAGACGGCAGCCCGGCGAACAUCGAGGUAUGUCAGCCUGUUUCAAUUACCAUGGAGAAUGAGUCAUAAUCAGGACUUUGGAAUGGCUCCAGGAUAUUUUCCUCUCUGAAGAGUACUGUUGUCAUAAGACCUCAUGUGAAAGAGCGCACAGUCCUCAGAUAUCAUGCCUUAAGGUUAGCAGCAUUCUCUCGUAUAGAAACGACCUGCAGCGCGUCGCUGUAUCUCCCUGCACUCAUAUCCACAGACUCCCAAGCUCUUCACACCAAACAUCCACUCAACUCAAUAGCUCUUUCACUGGGUUUUAUGAUGUUGUGACUAAAACACUUUCUUUUCUCCAAACUUGCACAUUUAUUUGACCAAAAUACCCUAAAAUGACCUUCAGGUUGCUCUGUCCAAUGUGUAAUGUAUUUAUACUGGUUUAUCUCUGGGACGACUUCAUUUUUGUAGACCAAAAAAGUCAGGCAGGUGUUGCUACCCAAGAUGCACUUUUGUCACCAAGGAUUUAAGUGGAAUGCUGACGUUUACGGAUAUGAAUAACCAUGAAAAGUGUAUUGCAGUAUUUGAUUAAAAUGUGAUGUUCAGUUAAGCUACAUUUCACUACACGGCAACUUCAGCCUCAGCUAGUUUCUCAAGUAUUUAGUUUAACAGAAAGUGCAAUGAGGUAUUUAAUUCUUUCACUCUAGAUCUUUACAUUAAUGUACUCUAUUUGUGGAAAACUCUAUUUAGUAUUAAGUGAUGUCCAGCAACUUUGACACAUCUACCCAUUUAUUAACACUAUUUUUCCCCCCGCUGCAUUUAAAUGUUUUCACUUUUUCCAAACCGCAUGCCCCUCUUAGCAUUAUACUAUCAGCUUUGUGCCUUCAAAUGAGGGUUAAAUUUUGCAGCAGCAGAUGGUGAAUAGUGACCGUAAAGCACACUUAAGAUUUCCAGGUUGUGUAGCACAUGCAGCUCAGUUGUUUAUUACAUAAGGAACUCAGGCCAAGAUGUUACUUUUGCCACCUUCAGUUUAAGUUUGAAGACCGCUGAAGUUUUUAUUUCACAUGUUGAUGUAUAGUUUUGUUUCUGGUGUACAGUGAGGUCUGUUUACAGCUGCAUUGGAGGACUCUGACCUCAUAAGGAAGCUCUUGUGUGACUGAAAUACAUGCAUUUCUCUGCAUGAACAAGAUAUGAGUGUUAAUAUGUUCAAGACUCAUCAUUACAGAGUCGAUGCUCAUGGAAGUCACUGAAUCAUGUUUUGUUUUCGUUUUUUUAGUUUUAUAGAAUUUUCUAUUUCUGUUAUUGCAUGUUAAUGUGAAAAGUAUUGAAAAGCAAUGAAGGGCUGAUGAUUUCCUGCUUUAAUCGUGACCUCUCUAUAGCUGAACCUGAGCUGACCUAAUUAUAGCACCAUCAUACUGAAAUCUACCAUGUGUGUAAAAAUAAUUCCUGAUAGGCUGCUGCAUCUGCUGGAAGUCACAUGCUAUUUGUCUGAGGUCACGAUUGUCUUUAUGAACAUUUCUACAAGCAAGGACAGUGAUUAUGCCAAAUAUAAUCAUUUUAAUAUCAA